GCGGGAGGGAAGUCUCGCGAGAAGAGGCCGUUGCCGUAGCGGAGCGCUCUGGCUCUGUGUGCGUGUGUCUGUCUGAGGUUCGGCCGCGGACGGUUUGUUGAGCCCGUUAGUGCCCUCGGCCGAGACUCACGCCGCCGCCAUGUCCCGCUACCUGCGCCCCCCGAACACGUCUCUGUUCGUCAGGAACGUGGCGGACGACACCAGGUCUGAAGAUUUACGGCGCGAGUUUGGUCGCUAUGGUCCUAUAGUUGAUGUGUAUGUUCCGCUUGAUUUCUACACUCGCCGUCCAAGAGGAUUUGCUUAUGUUCAAUUUGAGGAUGUUCGUGAUGCUGAAGAUGCUUUACAUAAUCUGGACAGAAAAUGGAUUUGUGGACGUCAGAUUGAAAUACAGUUUGCACAGGGAGAUCGGAAGACACCAAAUCAGAUGAAAGCCAAGGAAGGGAGGAAUGUGUACAGUUCUUCACGUUAUGAUGAUUAUGACAGAUACAGGCGUUCUAGAAGCCGAAGUUAUGAAAGAAGGAGAUCAAGAAGUCGGUCUUUUGAUUACAACUAUAGAAGAUCUUAUAGUCCUAGAAAUAGACCGACUGGAAGACCUCGCCGUAGCAGAAGCCAUUCCGACAAUGAUAGAUUCAAACACCGAAAUCGAUCUUUUUCAAGAUCUAAAUCCAAUUCAAGAUCACGGUCCAAGUCCCAGCCCAAGAAAGAAAUGAAGGCUAAAUCACGUUCUAGGUCUGCAUCUCACACCAAAACUAGAGGCACCUCUAAAACAGAUUCCAAAACACAUUAUAAGUCUGGCUCAAGAGAUGAAAAGGAAUCAAGGAAAAAAGAACCACCUAGAUCCAAAUCUCAGUCAAGAUCACAGUCUAGGUCUAGGUCAAAAUCUAGAUCAAGGUCUUGGACUAGUCCUAAGUCCAGUGGCCACUGAUAGCAUAAACCAUGAUAAUUUUUAGGCAUGUAUCAUUCAUUUACUCAUAGUUUGGUUUACUUAAAUUAUCAGGAAUACAAUGUUGCAAUGAUGCUUAAAAAACACUUGUUAGUUUUCCCUGUAGCAGGCAAUGGUUAUAAUUAAAAUGAUAUGCUGUUGAGAAGCCACUCUUAAGAGUCCAGUUUGUUUAAUGUUAUGGGCAGCUACCAAUUUGUGGUGUCUCUGUAUAUUUUUGUAAAGAUUCUCAUUUUUUAUGCUUGAAGUAUUUGGUGAAAAGAUGUUGGUUGACCUUAAUUUGCAACAUUGUCUCAUUAAAAAUGAACUUUCAUAUCCAUAUUUGGUAGAAGUGUUAACCUAGAGCUGUAGCUUGCUAAUAAGAUAGAAUGAUACAAAAGCUAAGUAGCCACAGUACAACACUGACUGCUCACACAGUAGGUUCAGGGUGGACCUUUAUGUUUUGUCGAGAUGUGUAGGCCCUUGUUAAUAGUUUAUUUAUGACACAGUUUGGACUAGUUCUUUUGCUAACCCCACUAUUUGGGGGAAUGCCCCCAGCUGGGUUAAGUAGCAUUUUCAGGGCAAUGAGUUUUUGGCUGAAACAUGGAGCCUUCACUGCUUUUUUUCUGGUCUUUAUAAAGAUGUAGAACAUACAUACAUCAGAAGAACCCACCUUAGAAUUUGAGCAGGUCAAUAAUGGCAGAAAUAAUUUGAAGGGGAAAAGAAUAUUAUGUAGUUAACUCUGAAGUUUAUGAAGCAUUGUUGAUUAGCUUUCUUACUGCUGUUAGAAGCAAGUAAGUUGUUUCAAAGUAAGUUUUGUUUGUGUGCGUGUGCAUAGUGUAAAACUGAAUUUUGAUGCUUAUAGCACUUGGCAUGUGCAUUUGUAUCAAAACAUGCCUGCCUCUUUAUGAGGGAGGCUUACUCUUCACACCUCAGUUUUAUUUAAUGUGAGGCAAGUUGAAAGACAACACUCCCCAUUCUAGGUGAUUCUGUGGUGCCAUGAAAUUUAAAAUAAUUUGGGAAAAGGAUUAGUUUUAAGCAAGAGUCAUCUCUCAGUUUUUAAUUAUCAAUGUAGCUGACUAAAAAUGAGCAAGUAAUGCCCUUAACCAUUUAUAAUUUCUAGUAUUUCUCUGAAAGAUCGUUUUGAGGCAAUAAAGUGACUUGACACGUCCAAUCUCAUUUCAGAGUAAAAAGCUAGCAUCUUUUUAAAAUCUCAGAUUGCUUGCUUGCAGAUCUAAGUAAUAUUGUGGGAAAACGAUUCCUUUUAGAGGAAUAUUUUUUCCAAUUUUGGUUUUAGAAAUCUAGGCUUUGCCUGUGAAGAACAAUGGGAUGGUUUUUAGAUACUGUUUGUGGAAUGUGAAGGAUUGAUUCUAGAACCUUUGUACAUUUGAUAGUAUUUCUAACUUUCAUUUCUUUACUGUUUGCAGUUAAUGUUCAUGUUCUGCUAUGCAAUCAUUUAUAUGCACGUUUCUUUAAUUUUUUUAGAUUUUCCUGGAUGUAUAGUUUAAACAACAAAAAGUCUAUUUAAAACUGUAGCAGUAGUUUGCAGUUCUAGAAAAGAGGAAAGUUGUGGGGUUAAACUUUGUAUUUUCUUUCUUAUAGAAGCUUCUAAAAAGGUAUUUUUAUAUGUUCUUUUUAACAAAUAUUGUGUACAACCUUUAAAACAUCAAUGUUUGGAUCAAAAUAAGACCCAGCUUAUUUUCUGCUUGCUGUAAAUUAAGCAAACAUGCUAUAAUAAAAACAAAAUGAAGGAAAUAAUGAUUAACUGGAAUUAUUAUAGUACUAAAUAUGAUUCUAAAAUAAUAAUAGUGGAAAUAGCCUUUUGUAGCUGUAGGAAUAUUUUUUAAUCAAUGUUGCACUGGGCACAGCUAACUUACCUUGGAGAUGAUAGAACUUGCCAGAAAGCUACUUCUUUUACAUAAUACUUAAAAAUUCCAUAUGUAAUGUCAAGUUGUUUCAUGAUUUUUCAUUAACCCUCUUGGGUUAAGUAACUUACAAGUUAUUUGGUAGUGUUAGAUAACACAUUCAGAUGAAAUUGAGUCAGCUAGUUACAAGUUUAUACUUUGUUAUUAGAUGAAUCAAUAAUUCUCUGCCCCUUCCUAAACUAGCUGCAUUAAACCUGAAUGUUUAUGGCAUGAUUUAAAUUUCUUUUCAUUGAUGUUGGUGAGCAGUUAGUAUUAAGUAACUUAGGGGAAGGAGCAUAGGUGUUUUAUCGUUUGAAUUCUAGCUACUUUGUAAUGACAGUUACAACUUAAAAAUUUUUCAAGUAUUUAUGAUGUGCCAGACACUCUUUGAGAGGCUUUAUUUGACUAAUUUUCUCUUCACAAAACCCUAUGAGAAAGAUACUUUAAUUUUCCCUGUAUGAUAAAUAAGGAAACUGAAACACGAAGAAAAAAGUAAAAGGCAGAGCCAGGAGGAUUUAAGCCCAGGCCUGGUUAUUAUGUAUUUUUUUCUUUCAGUGAAUUAUUCAGAGUAGAUUGAGGACAUAGCCCAUUGAAAUUGUUCUUGGUCUCUGUAUAGAAGUAGAAGGCCUGAUGCUUCUGCUUUUUGCAUUGGAUUAUUUUUAAAUUCGGUGUAUUUUCUUUAGAACCUUGAUGUUGUUCCUAAAGUGAUGUACCUAACAGCUUCAAAAGGACUAUUGUAGUUGAGCCAUAAUAUUUCAUAGUCUACUCAUACUUGAUAAGGAUCUUUAUGGUGUUUUAAGCUAAUUUGGGGUUGCAUAGUUGAGUCCAAGAUUUGAGUACCUACUGGGUGUCUGGCACUGGGCUCAAUAUUAGAGUAGUCAUAUCACCAUUCAAGUGAGGGCUGACAACUUCACCUCUCUUUUUGCCUAAGAUUUCUCUGCGUGUGUUUUUGUUUUUGUUUUUAAGCCAAGUAAGCAAGAAGAAAAAAUGAGAGAUAAUGCUUCAGUGAGAAAGGAAAGGUGCUACAUGUAGAGUAUGAGCUGUUAAGUUACAACCCAGGGAAAAGACCUGGGGGCUGUUGUACUAUUCUCUUGAAAAUUUGGCCCAGUAAGCUGCUACAUCCAGUUCAACUAACAAAAUCCUGUAUACCACAGAGAAGAAUAAAAGAAAACCAAACUGACAAACAUCCUUCUUUUAUUUAAGACCAAACUGCAGCUGGAAUACCCAGUACAGUUCUGCUUACUACACUUCAAGAAAGAUCUGAAAGCGGAAAAAGAACCAAAGAAGGGCAGUUCAAGCGACCAAAGGGUGGGUGGAAGGUGCUGCAGUAUGAAUACUGUACGAAUAUUUUGACUCUGGUCUGAAAAGAUAAAAGAAUUAUCGAAAACUACAUGGAAUAAUUGAAGUCCCUUCAAGUUUGAAAGUAAGCAUUUUAGGACAAAUAAAAGGAAGUUCAACUUUGUACUUGUGGAAACUAAUCCCUAAAUAUGAAUAGGUUUAUAUUGAUUCAUGGGUAACAGGUCCAUAAUAAAUUAUUUGAAACUAGGAUGUCUGAAUAUCAAGGAAGACAGCCAUAGUCUCUUACAGUGCCUCUAUUGGUCUGUCUCAAACUGAAUUGGGUGGGAAAAGGUAUGGUCCAAUAUAAAUUUUUUCUGGAUUCUCCUUAAAAUUCCUCUUUAGCCAUUAUUGGCAAACUUUGCCUUUGUUUAUUCUGGUGCCAGUAUUUUCUGCUUAAUCAUUUGCUUCGUUGGCAUCUGAGUAUAUUUGCUUAAAUACCACAUACAGUUGACUUCUUUAACCACUUUUUCCCACGUAGAUUCCAAUUAUACUUGACAUCCAGCUGAGGGGGCCCAUCUCUUCUCACCUCUUUCCUAAUCAGUAUGUUCAGUGAAUAUUUAUUGAGCCCUUAACAGUGGGCAAAAUAUUGUACUAAGUAAUUGGAUAGAAAAAUAGAUAAUUCCCAUAUUCAAUAAAUGUCUACUGAGCACAAUCUUGUGUAUCAUUACAUAUGGCCUCACUGUUUUGUUUGAGGUGUAUUAUUUGUAACUAUAUUACACCAUUCACAUCUUAAUGUAAUUAUAAAACCCGAUAUACUAUCAAAGAUAAGUAAUUUUGUGGUUUAUCUGCCUUUUAAAAAGUAUCCAGUAUUUGUUUGCACCCCAUUAAUAAUGAAAAAAUGUUUCAAUCUGUAAUAAACUGAUUUAUUGUGCCGUUACUGUAAUAUACUAGAGUUAUAUUAAAUUGUUAACUCUGCCUCGUCAAAUACAUUAGGAAAUAAUCCCACAAAUAAGUAUUUAACUUUGCAUUAGAUAUAAAGGAGAUUCUGGGUGCUAUAAUUAGAUUAUUUUGAGGCAGACAGAGAGCUGUUAUCCCAACUGAUUUAGUAUGUUCUGUAAUGAGAAAAUGUUCACCAAAUUAUACUUUUUAGUGAUUUACAUGUACAUUUUAUAGGGGACAUGUUCUGUGUAUAGUGAAUAAAUAACUUUUAUAGUAUCACAAAAUGCUUUUGAUUCCUUAGUUCCUUAUUAGGAUAUGAACUUUUUGUUUAGCUAUACAUUGGUUCCAUCACAUUUGAGUUUUGUCAUAUUUUGCCAUGUAUUUAAAACUUGCAUGUGAAGUUAUUAAUCUUAAAAUUUGGAAAUGGAAUUUAACUUAAAAGAAUUUUGAAAAUACAGGAGAAUACACAUUAACUUUAAGGGAGGUAUAAAAGGGAGGUGUAAAAUGGAGGUAUUUUUAAUCCCUAUUUUAUUAAAAUUAUAAAAAGUUGUUAAACUUGCCCAGGAUCACAGAGUAAGUAGAGCUGAGGUUUAGAAUCCAUUUUUCUCUUGGUUCAUCUCUGUUCCUUGUUUUUGUUUUUUGAGUCAAAUGGGAAAAUGUUUUAUAACUUAAUUUUUGUGGAAAAAAUAAAGUUGGUAUAAUGGAAUCUAGAAUUUACAGCAAAAAUGGCUAGAUCUAAUUAGGAAAUGUAUCUUGUUUUAUGCCUUUACAUAAUAGCAUUGUAGUGAUAGUUAUUAUGGGUAGAGAUUCUGUGUAUUUUCUAAAGUUAAUACCUAUAUGGUUCAUAGAUAUUUUGCCCUCUUCCGUCUCCAUUUCCUUUUGAAUUGAGGUUAAAACUUUCAAGGGGAAGGAGAAUUAAGUUGCAUAUUCAGUUGAGAAUUUGUUCAAAAAAAUAUUGGUGAGUACAAAUUAUGAGUGUUUUCGUUAAUCUUUUGCUGGAAAACGUGUCAUACAGUAAUAACACUUGAUAACUGUGUAAAAAAUUAAACAUGGUAAAUCAGAAAAGGCCCAUAUGGUUUUGGCAGCUGUUGAAUUUGCUUUAGGGUAUCUCCUGUGGUGGUUACGAUUUAUGGAAUGCUGUCAUUAUUAUUGAGCACUUAACAUCAAGCCAUAUGCUUUUCAGAUACUCCUAUUUAAUCCCCAACACACUCCUGGGAAAUGGGUACUCUCCCCAUUUUAUAGAUGGAAAUUAGCAUUUAUGGAAUGCCUAUCAUGUGGAUAGGCUUUUUUUGCAUAGCUUCAUUCCUCACCUUCAGUAAUUUUUCUGGAUGAGGCAGAUUGUCGUGGGUCAGAGACUCAUUCCAGCCCCACUUCGCAAAUUCUGCAAGGUUUUCAUUGUGUUGCAUUUUGACCAUGUUCCUGUUUACAAAGUGCCAAUAUUACAUUUUUAAUUGGGAAGCUGUAUCUUGAGCAGUAGUCUAAUGGCUUUCUAUCAGGACCACCACUGCUUCUAGGACUCCUAGGAGAGCUGUGAAGUAAGCAAUCUGCUUGUUUUCAACCAUGGACAUCUACAGGAUGCUGUUAGUCAUUUUGGGAUAGGUUCAUUCUCUUGGGUUUUUCCCCCCUUUACUACUUCCUCUAACAGUGUUGGUUACCUUUAUUAUGUUUCUCUGUAUUUGUAACAGCUGUCUAACCCUUGUGCUUAAGAUGGGUGGUUUUUUUUUUUUUU